ACAGUUGAUGCUUUACCCACAAAAAUAAUUUGUUAACCCCAAAUAGUGACGUAUUUGCGCUGUUUGCGGUCUAUCGCAUCUUAUUUCUUGGAUUCUAUCAUGGAUUAGUUAAUGGUCCACAAUUAUAGCUUUAAAAGGCAUGGCUAACGUUUUGAAGGACUCCAAGGUUCUCUAUCGCAAGCUCUUUGGAGCAAAGGAUGAAAAGAAGAAGCAUUCCUAUGCCAAAAGGAACAUCAAGAAGAACAAGGGCAUUUUAGACGAUGCUAAAAAGGCCGUAGAGUACAGUUCAAUCAUCCUUCCUAACGAAAGUGGAUAUAUAAAGACGGAAGGGGAUGAAAAAUCAUAUCAGAUAAGCCAAGCCAAGCUGUUGUCCAAGGCUGAUCUUGGAACCAGAAAAAAGGUGAUCCAACUCGAUUUAACUCAUGGGCCAUACAUGGCUGAUUACACACAGAAUGGAAGAUACAUGCUACUUGGUGGAGGAAAAGGUCAAUUAUCUCUUAUUUGCACCCAAAGUUUGAAGAACUACUUUGAUAUUUGCGUUAAGGAAACGAUAAGAGACGUAAAAGUGUUGCAUAAUCAUACCAUGCUUGCUGUUGCCCAAAAAAAGUAUGUGCAUAUCUACGACAAUCAGGGCUCUGAGGUUUACUGUCUACGCGACAGAAUGUUGACCUAUAAGCUAGAGUAUUUGUACUACCACUAUCUAAUGGUUGGUAUUGGGGAAUUUGGAGAAUUGUCUUACCAGGAUGUUUCUACCGGAGAAGUAGUUGCAAAACAUCACACUAAAAAGGGAGCUUGCCAUGUAAUGUGCCAAAACAAGAACAAUGCUGUCAUUCACCUUGGACAUAAUGAUGGAACUGUUUCCCUCUGGGUGCCAAAUUUGGCCAAGGCUCCAGUUACAAUGUUAGCCCACAAAGGACCCGUUUCAAGUCUUGGGGUUUAUGGAAACUACAUGGUUUCCUCGGGAUUUGAUGGGUUCUGGAAAAUUUGGGAUCUGAGAAAAUAUAAUGAAGCUAUUCGAAAAAAUUACGUUGGCUCAAAACCACCAUCGUCCAUCACAAUUAGCCAAACUGGAAUAUUAUCAAUGGCUCUUGGUGGAAGAGUCGAGUUUUAUACUUUGUUUACGGAAAAUGCAGUCAAGGAACCUAGCCUAUAUCUAAGGCAUCAGUUUCAAUCGCAGGAAGUAAAGUCAAUCGCAUUUCAACCAUUUGAAGACAUGUGUACCGUUGGAACGACGUUUGGAAUAUCAACACUAAUUGUUCCAGGCUCUGGAUUCGCCAAUUUUGAUGCCCUCGAACAAAAUCCAUACGAAACCGGAAAGGUAUCGAGAGACCGCGAAGUGCAACGUCUGCUGGAAAAGUUACCUCCAGAUUCCAUUACUCUUGCAACCCAAGCUAUCGGAAGUUACUCUCGCGACCUAUCUAUCGAUACACCAGAGGAGGAAAGAGCUCCUGAACCUUCAAAGAAGCACAAGACCCGAGGAAAGUCUAGCAAGAAAUCUACCAAGGCUAAGGCUGAUAAAUACUCCAAGGUCUUCAAGAGGCGCCAGCAGGCGAUAUCAGACCGUAUAAAGAACAUAGAGAAGGAGCAAUUGCCUGUAAAGGAGGCUCGCGAAAAGAUUUUCAAUGACAUGACCUCUGGGAAGAAACUCAAGGGGCCGGUAAAGGGUGCUGCACUAUCCAGAUAUUUCGCAAAGAAACACUAA